UUAGGUCGUGGUCUGAUAGCUGGUACGUGGAUCUAGCCAGUAGCCACAGUUUUAUGAUUACGUUUUUAUAAAUCCGUAGGUUACUAAGGUCAGAAAUAGUUGAAGAUCCAUAUGGUCAAGAAAGGAGUGUGAAUUGUUGAAUUUGUUGUAAAAGUUAUUUUACUGCAUUCUGACUGAUGCAACAACAUGUCAACACAUGUCAAUCGUCCGCUCUUCUGGAUAAUCAGGAGGUACACUGGGGAAUAUCUCCGAAAAUGUAACAUUUUGAACGAGCGAACACUAGGACGAGUUUCCGGUGUUUCUGUCGGUUACAAACAGAACUCAACGGGAGACGCAAACACCUGUCAUGUCAACAAUGUUCCGACCAUUUGGAGCGCAGGAGGCGGCAGGGGCAGUGGCUCAGAGCGGACUACUCUCCUCAAGUCAGUUGCUGUUGGGUUGGGACUCGGUAGUGCGGCAGUUCUGCAUUUCAGAGGGGACGAGGAGGACAACGUUUGUGAGAGGAGAGGUUUACUUUGUGAUUCGAUCCUAGAACGUGUCUUGCCAACAGCCCACUGUGCCUCUCCUUUUAAACCCGACAGUCCACGAUUCAAGUUCAACUUCAUUGCGGAUGUGGUGGAAAAAUCUACGCCCGCUGUCGUGUAUAUUGAAAUCGUCGGCAGGCACCCGUUCUCUGGUCGGGAAGUCCCCAUCUCCAACGGUUCUGGUUUCAUUGUCAGCAGUGAUGGGCUCAUAGUCACCAAUGCCCAUGUAGUGGCCAAUAAGAGAGGAGUCCGGGUCAAGCUAACCAAUGGGGAGACGUAUAACGCCACUGUGCAAGACGUCGAUCAAGUGGCGGACAUAGCCACUAUAAAAAUCAAUGCCCAGCACCCUCUCCCUACCCUCUCUCUGGGGCUGUCGUCGGAUGUGCGUCAGGGGGAGUUUGUGGUUGCCAUGGGCAGCCCGUUUGCCCUGAGGAACACCAUCACGUCAGGUAUUGUCUCUUCAGUCCAGCGGGGCAGCAAGGAGCUGGGUCUGUCCAAACCCAACAUGGACUAUAUCCAGACAGACGCUGCCAUCGAUUUUGGGAAUUCUGGAGGGCCUCUGAUUAAUCUGGAUGGUGAGGUGAUCGGCAUCAACACCAUGAAGGUGACGGCAGGGAUUUCCUUCGCGAUCCCCUCGGAUCACGUCAAACACUUCCUGAACCAAGCCACCGACAAGAAGAAGUCUCGAUUGGGGGUGUUGGACACCAAGCGGAGAUACAUCGGGGUCAUGAUGCUGACCCUGACUCCAAGUAUCAUUGCCGAGUUGAAGCUGAGGGAUCCCUCCUUCCCGGAUGUCACUUACGGGAUCAUGAUCCACCGGGUCAUCAUGGGCUCUCCAGCCAACAGGGCAGGUAUGAAGCCAGGUGACAUAGUGCUGGAGAUCAAUGGCACCAAGGUGAACACGUCAGAGGAGAUUUACAAUGCCGUGAGGACCAGCGACAGCAUCACCAUGGUGAUCAGAAGGGGUCAGGACCUACUCAGACUACACAUGACCCCAGAGUUCACAGAGUGAUGUCAUCAAACGUUGCCAGUUAGUGGAGCCGCAUGACAUUGAGGUAGUGUACGAAGAAGAGGACAGUUGGUGCACUGAAGAGGACGGGGAUACUGAAUGAUCCCACCCACAACAUGCUAUCACAUCACUGUCUGUGUGGUUCUACACAAUAAAUAAACCACAGGACAGAAGUCAUGUAAGAUAUAAGAUGGCCUAUUAACAGAUAGCAGCCGACUUUAAAGCCGAGUCCAGUCUGACUGAUAUACAAAUCACCUUGUAUCAUAAAUAACUACUCCAAUAUUAUUUGUAGAUCCAUCAGUCACAAUUUGCACGAUUACAUCGCAGUUUUGAUGCUCUCGAACUCUGCCUACCAUGGGUUUACAGUCGUGAGAUAAGAUGGGCUAUGAUUAACACAGUAUUAGAUACUGUAACUGAAGGCUGAAGGAAGUGACAGUUGGUUGUGACUGAUUGGGUUCAAACCAAGACACUGCCCUCAACAGACCACCAUGUGAUUUAUAAUGAAACAGAUACUUAUACUAACAUAUUGAGCUAUAAGGCUCUGCACUGAAGUAUUUACAGUUAUGACAUCAAUAUACAGUACAUCCAUCAUCAAUUAACUUGUAUUGUUCUGGGAUUUAAUUACAACUUCAUUGAAGAUCUGAUAUAACCAACAAGGGGUGUGAUUCAAUCCGGUCUGUGGUAGAUCCGCGUUAUAGCGUGCUUGACAUUUUAAAGGUAAUUUUUAAUACAGCCAACAUAUGAAAUGUUUACCAUUAAUGCCAUCUCUGAAAAUGCUGUGAAAUUGUCUUUAAAAGUUGCAUUGUCUACAAGUGCUUUCAGAUUUAAUCCCGCCCAAGGUUGUAAUUAGGGUUUUCAUUAUAAUACACUGUAUCAGUUGUGGCACAAUAUUUUUACUGAAAGUCACUACAAUAAACUAUUUUAAAAUCAGAUACAGUCCUACCAAUCUCAGCAUCCCAGAAUAGAAAACCUCAUGUUAGUCUGAGAGAUUACUGUACAACACACUUUACUUGUUUGUUUUUGGUAAAGCAGGUAGUAGGUUAGCAUAUUUCCCUUUCUACUUCCUGCCUGUGUCUUAAAUAGUGUGGUUUUAAAGGUUCAGGUUGGGUUGUGAGAAGUAGGUAUUGAUCUUAAGCCAAAAAAGUAAAUUAACAUGAGCACCACAAUGCCUAACUUCAGUGAUGCUCUACCAAGGGGUUCCAGCAGACAGCUUUGACCUACUACAGUAGCUAUGUUGGUCUAUUGUAUUUCAAACAACAUAUAGACAGGUUAGUUAGGAUUCAAAACUACUGUAGUAGGUCCAAGCUGUGUGCUGGAUAAUUUUAUUAGAGCAUUGAAGUAGGCAUUGUGGGGCUUAUGUGAUUUUCCUUUUUUGAUCACAGACAAAUGCCUGCCUGACAAUGUUGUUUAAUUUCCAUGGUUUUUUUUACACUGAAAGUAAUUAUACAACAUUUCCACAUGCAAAAGGUGUCUUUUUUUUGUAAUUUGCACUUCAAAUUAUGUUCUAAAAAUUGAAGUGUUGGAGCUGAAAAUGUGGACUCAAUUGUUAAACAAAUUUGUCAGAGAUGGAGAAGUAUGCACUCUGGAAAGAUAUGGAUAUGCAACCACCCCAGAUUUAGACAUUCGAGUGGUGUGACAGCCACAAACUCAAACAUAACAAAUGCAAAUACAUAUUACCUUACA